AUGAUUAGACCAAGGGGUGGUGAUCUUGUAUAUACAGUUGAGGAAUUUGAAACUAUGAUAGAAGAUAUCAAGAUUUGCAAAUCAUUAGAAAGUUAAACAAAUUGCUAACAGACUUCUUAACGACUGAUUUUAGUAUUGACAUGGAGAGAAUGAUAAUAUUGAUUGAUGUUGCAUUCC